AUCCGAAGACGCAAAUCAAGUGAAACAAAUCUUCUGACAGGAGAAAAAGUUCAUGCUGGAGUUUUUGAAGACUUCGGGGGGCCACAUGAAGCAGUCCAAACUGAACAUGGAGAGUUUGAGUAAGCCAGAGUUGCUGAUGCUCUUCAGCAUCCUGGAGGGAGAGCUGGAAGCCCGGGACCUCGUCAUCGAUGCCCUCAAGGCCCAGCGCAAGGAGCUGUACAUCCAGGAGCGCUAUGGCAGGUACAACCUCAGUGACCCUUUCCUGGCCCUGCAGAGGGACAGCGAGGCCGUGGGAGGCCAGAGCAAAGAGCCAGGCUGUUCUUCCUCCACCUCCAACCCUCUGGUGGUUCUCAAGCUGGUGGUGAGCCACUGCAGGAGGAUGCAAGAGAAGAUGCUGGCCCAGCUGGCUGCAGCUGAGAGCAGGCACAGGCGGGUCAUUGCAGAUUUGGAGGAAGAGAAAAGGCGGCACGCUGAGGACACAGCAGAGGGAGAUGAUGUCACCUACAUCCUGGAGAAGGAGAGGGAGCGCUUACAGCAACAGCUGGAAUUUGAGCGAAGCCAGGUCCGGCGUCUGGAAAAAGAACAACGGCGAAUUACUGACCAGCUAGAGGAAGAGCGCGCUCAGCACAAACAGCUCUCCUGUGCUUUGGCCAAAGAGUGCAAAUGGGCCAGUGCCCGGGCCCUCGAGGAGGGACACCGGCUGACUGAACUGGGCCGGAAGCUGGACAAGGAGAAGGAGACCUCUCAGGCCCUGAGGAAGGAGCUGGAGGAGGAGAGGAGGAAAGCUCUGCAGAUGGAGGCCAGGGUGGAGGAGCAGCUGGCCGAGUUCGACACUGAGCGAGAGCAGCUCCGUUCACGCCUGAAGAAGGAGGAGGCUCACUGUUGUCAGCUACAGCAACAGAUAGAAGAGCUCAAGAGGAAGCUGGAGGCGGCAAAUAAAGUGGGCGAGGUGAGGGAGGAGGUUACAGCAUCAGUGGAGGGAGGAAGAAAAGAGGAGUGGGUCACAAAGGUUCCUCUGCCAAAGACUGUCACAGAGACUAUUAAGAUUGAGGACCUGGAGGAGGAGGAAAUCCGCCCACCUGCCCAGCCAAAAGUCAAUGGUCACCAUUGUUUAGUGGAGACCAGUGGGAGCCACGGCCCUCACAGCACCCCUUCAGGGAAGACGUGUGUAGAGAACGGAAUUGAAACUGGCAAUUCUGUAGCUCAGACCUCCCUCUCUCCCUACAGUUCCAGCCCCUCCACCCCCACUCCUACCCCUACUCUUCCCCCCUCCUCUCCAGUCUUGGCUAAACACCCACCUGGCAGCCCGGUUCUUGGGAACUACCAGGCCUCCUACCAGGCUGGCAUCAACCAGCGCUUCCAUGCGGCACGCCACAAGUUCCAAGGUGCCGGGGAUCUCGAGCCUCAGUCGCAAAUUACCCAGCCUGCUCGUCCCCACUCUCCAAAGGACCCCUCCAGUGUGUCCAGCCCCUCUCCAGAUUCCAGCCCGGUCAAGCAGAUGGCCCGUAGCACCGUCACCCAAGCCCUGUCCCGCUUCGCUACCGUCCAGCAGAAUGCCACACCGAAGCUCUCCACAACAAACAACUCACCCUUUGGCACAGACUACCGCAACCUGGCAGCCCCCCUGUCCCCAGUCAUUGGGAGGGCCGCGGGCGCUCUCCCCCAGGGAGUCCGAUCACCCACCAUCCCCAGGGCGGACAGGGGAAAUCCUCCACCCAUCCCACCUAAGAAGCCUGGGCUGGCCCAGGCCCCUCCCUCCCCAGCUGCAGUGCCCAGGUCUGCCAACCAUUUCCCUGACAGUUCCCUCUCAGGCAGCUGUGGCCUUACCUCCAGCCAGGAAGGAGUCAAAGAACUGGACAUGGUGGUUUCUUCCAAUUAACCAGUUAACUGAUGGGUCAAUUAAUUAGCUAGCUGCUGCCCUGCUCGUGGCAUAAGGGCUUAAUCCUUAUCUCAUCAUUUUGAUUAAGGUAUUAUCUUCUGUUUACUUCCCAUGUUUAUUUGAGCAGAGAGACUUCCUCAAACACUGUUGUUAUUUGUAUUUAUUUGAUUUUUUUAUGCAGUUUUCUAAUGUAAAGCACUAUUAACUAUUUUCUGUUCUUGUUAAAGAGCUGGUACUAAUGAGAAGCUACAGUUGAUAUUUUUGGUUUUAUUGCAUGGCAUGGUUUCAAAAUAUCCCGACAAUACUGUCACAGUAUAUUGUUAUAUUAACAGUAUCAUCAGGUUUUGAUGGUGUCAUUUUUCCCAAAGAAUAGAAAUCAAUAUAUCAACUACAGUGGCACAGUUGUUCAUUCAAUAUUUUAUCUCAAGUAUUUUGCUUAUUAUAACAAGUAAUCCUUUGACCAAAUGUAACGAAUAGUCUGUGUAGCCUUCCAUGGACCAACGUACAUUGUCUUAAGUAUGCACUUGUGACUUUUAUAAGAAUGUAUAGUUUAUUUUAAAAACUUUCCUCAGUUUUUAAUGUAUGAUAGGUUGUACACAGCAGAUACAAUCUAGUUCAGUGUUUAUACUAUGUUUUCAUCAUGUUUUAUUAGUAGGUUAGAAGUGAGAUUUUUUUUAUAUCGCAUAGAUUUAAGUUAGACUCAGUACUUUUUUUCUUCAUCUUUUUGUUCCGAAAAAUAAAAACAUAAACAUAUAGACUUAAACUGUAUGCAGUCACCAUUGCACAUGGGUUAGCAUAAGUGUUGAAUGAUGUGUUUGUCAUUUUUGGAAUGAUGGAAAUUACUGUAUUUUAUAGUUAAUAACGGCUUUGUCAGUUAUCAUAACUCUCGUGUUUGUUAUCAUUCCUUUUUGCUAAUUAUUUUACAGUAUUAUAUAUGUUGGAAAAUGAGUGAAUUAAUAAA